AUGAAGCUCACUGCGGCCGCUGUCGUGGCCGGCGCUCUGCUCGCGGGCUCUGCCACCGCCGCCCCCCGGAGCCAUGGCCAGACGCCCAUCCGCAACAUCCAGGUCGGCGUGCGCCCGGACUGGCUCGUCAGCAAGAUGGCCGACGGCCCGCUCAAGCGCAAGCUGCAGUCGUGCUCUGAGAAGCGCCCAUGCAAGACCGACUUCACCAUCAGCCAUCGCGGCGCGCCGCUGCAGUUCCCCGAGCACACCAUGGAGGGCCUGUACGCCGCCGCGCGCAUGGGCGCCGGCAUCAUCGAGUGCGACGUCACCUUCACCAAGGACCGCCAGCUCGUCUGCCGCCAUUCGCAGUGCGACCUGCACACCACCACCAACGUGCUGACCAUCCCCGAGCUGGCGAAGAAAUGCACCGCCCCGUUCACUCCUGCGACGGACGGCAAGCCCGCUGCCGCCAAAUGCUGCACCAGCGACUUCACCCUCGCCGAGUUCCGCACCUUGUGUGGCAAGAUGGACUCCUUCAAUAGGACCGCAAAGACCCCGGAGGAUUUCCAGGGCGGCGUUGCCGACUGGCGCACCACCCUCUACGACCAGUUCUGCGGCACGCUCUAUACCCACAAGGAAUACAUCCAGUUCAUCGACACUCUCGGCCUCAAGUUCACGCCCGAGCUCAAGACGCCCGAGGUGAAGAUGCCAUACGAAGGAGACUACACGCAGGAGAAGUACGCACAGCAGAUGAUCGACGAGUACAAGGCCGCGCGCAUCCACCCCAGCCGCGUGUUCGCGCAGUCCUUCCUCGCCGACGACAUCUACUACUGGGGGCGGCGCGAGCCCGAGUUCGCCAAACAGGCCGUGUUCCUGGACGAGCGCGUCGACACCCCCGCCGGCUACAAGACGGCCGUCGCCGACAUGGACAAGCUCGCCCAGAAGGGCGUGCGCAUCGUGGCCCCGCCCAUCUUCGCGCUCCUCACCACCGACGCGCAGAACCGCAUUGUCCCCUCGGACUACGCCAAGGCCGCGAAGAAGGCGGGCCUCCAGAUCAUUACGUGGUCGCUGGAGCGGUCGGGCCCGCUGAAGAACGUGGCCAAGACCAAGGAGUACUACUACCAGUCCGUGCUGUCCGCCGUCAAGAGUGACGGCGAUAUGUAUGUCGUGCUGGAUGUGCUGGCGAGAGAAGUCGGCAUCAUUGGAAUCUUCUCCGACUGGCCUGCCACCGUGACGUAUUAUGCUAAUUGUUUCGGGCUGUGA